AUGGCCUACAGCGUCCGCCUCGCCGCACUCUUCCUCACCGCACUCUCGGCCACCAACCCAACUCUGCUUGUCACCGGUGCGCCGACGGCCUCUCCGCCAUACACGUCGCCGCAUGAACUCCAGCAACAACAAGUGGACAACAUCAUCGACGCCCUGAUUGGCGCCGGCGACUUCGCGAGCUGGGCCAACAUGCUCUCCAACGCAGACCCCUCGUCGCUGCCGAUCACGGCCACCCUCUUCAUCCCCGGCGACAACGCCCUCACCCACCUUCCCUCCCCGCCACCCCUCAACUUCGACCCCUUCAUUUUCCCCUACCACAUCGUUCCCCAGCGCCUCACCUUCUCCGACCUCCAACUCUUCCCCAUAAACUCUCGCCUCCCCACACUCUUGCCCAACAGCUCCAUUCUCAUCACCAACAACUCUCUCUCCAACUUCACCCUCGACGCCUCUCUCCUCACCCAACCCGACCUCUACAUUACCACCGCCGUCUCCGUACAUGGCAUCGCCACCAUCCUCGACUACGCCGUCUACGGCAACGGCCGUCUUUCCUCGCCGGAGCCGCCUCCUUUGCCCCCCUCGCACGAUGUGCCUGCGCCGCCGGCACUGACUCAGCCGGAUGGAGAACUCAUGGGUCGCCGGAUAUCUGACGCGGCGUGCUUAUGCGCCGAGUUUCCCGUGGUUUUCUCGGUCCUGUGUGCUGCGCUUGCGCUCAAGAUGCAUCGAAACCCGCUGUCCCGUUGA